UCGGUGCGUGCUCUCGUGCGUUCGUUGCAUUUUCUGCCACCACAAAAUUGCAAGCAAAUUGCACUCUUCUACGGGGGGAACGGAACGAUGGAAACACAGCGGAAUAUCACUGAUCUGCCGUUGGAGGUUCUUGACCUGAUAUUCAACAAUAUUGAUAUUCGAAUGGAUAAAAUUCAAUUGGCGCAGGCCCAUGAGUAUCUGGGCGAGGCGUUCGCCUACCACAGUCGCGAUACAUACAAACGCAUGUCCAUUUGUUCCUUUAGUCCCCUUAACAGUUAUGCGCUUCUUUUGAAGACCUGCGGCUCGACUGUGCGGGAGUUGUCCUAUGACGUUGGCAGCGAAGACUUGGGAAAGUUGGUGGGCAAAUACUGCCAUCACUUGGAGUCAAUUGAUUUCCGUGUCACUGCAAGCUCCGCCCACCUCAUGGAAUCCUUGAUACUCCUUCUUAAAGGAAGAGAUUCGAUAAAAUCGAUUCGGAUAAACAUGGAAAGAGACGUCCCAGGGACAGUCCUUCAAGGCCUGACUGAAUUUCCACAGCUCAGGAAACUGGAUUUCAGGCAACACGCUGGCGAUGCAGUCUAUGAGAUACGGAAUUUGAUCAACUUGGAAGAACUGAAAAUACAGUCAAAAUCGUACCAUGAACAAGUCAACAUUUUCGAGAUUUGUGCGCCCCUGAAGAAACUUCGGUGCCUGACGGUAUUCAACAUUAAUAUUCUAUCCCAUGGGGAAGAGGAUGCUCCUUUAAUGCCGUGUCCCGCGCUGGAGGAACUCACCCUUCAGCAGUGCCUACUCUCAGCCGAGCUUCCCCAUUUCCCAAAGCUCACAUCCAUGACGCUUGCGUCAUGUGACUGCAACAUCAAUAACUUGGUUUGUGCAUCAAUUUUGAAGAAUGCAAAUAGCUUAGAGGACCUGGACAUCGACUGCCAUCCAUCGCCCUUCGAUGGGGAUAGUUUCCUCGAGGUUCUACGCGCCUGUAAAAAGCUCCGAGAAUUUUGUGAACCAAUACGAAAGGUGCCCAUCUACAGGGCGUACGUGUUUAAAAUAGUGGAGAUUCUACGGGAGAAUGGCUGGACACCGGAAAGCCCAUUCACAUUGUGGGUGUUCGAUCGCCCAAAGAUGAAGUGGAUCAAACGAUUGGUUGCCCAGAGUUCAUGUCCCGGAAUAAUUGAUCUCAAUGUUGUUAAAUUCAACUAGAAAAUAAAU